AUGGGAAGGAGCUACCAGAUCCCCAGCGUAAUACAAAACGGAACCAGCAGAGUCCAAUUCGACAUCCCCACGCCAGAAACAACACUUAGUCCAGAGACCCUCUUUAGUCUAGACGCACCACAGCUAGACCCAAUCAACAGCUCCGUAUUCGACUGGUGGUAUUUCGACGCCGUCUCAGAAACAAACCCAGACGAUUCCCUCGUCAUCACAUUCUUCACCUCGACCAUGAACGCAUUCCCAUUCCUCCGAGCAAACGAAACCUCCAUAGUCAAUGUCUGGCUAUGGGCUUCGUUCGCACACGGCACCACGUUUGCUGAUACUGUCCCGGCCACAGUGGCGACGGUGACUGGCGCAGACCGCAAGGGCGCUAAUAGCGCUGGUGACUGGUCCCCUACGGGCUUUAGCUGGAAUGCUCCCACGGAGGAUCUAUCGCAGUAUGAGAUUGUUAUUGCGUCUGAGAAGAUCCAGGUUGAAGGGCGGUUGACGUUGACUUCGCAUGUACCGCCUCAUCUGCCUUGUGGUAUUCAACCCGAACGGACUACACUUGAGAUUGCGCCUCAUACCGGGUGGGUCAGUCUUGUACCUGAUGCCGUGGGUGAGGUGGAUAUGAAGAUCCGUGGGUCGACGCUGAAGUCCCGAGGGCCAGGGUACCAUGAUAAAAAUUGGUCUGACCGACCCUUUGUGGACUCUGUCAAUAGCUGGUACUGGGGCCACGGCCGUCUAGGUCCAUACUCGAUCGUAUGGUUCAGUUACCUUGCCGUUAACGACCCAAACAACUCCACAUACGUGAGCAGCUACGUUGCUAAAGAUGGAAAGCUGCUCGUAUCGGCCUGCGAAUCCUCUAUUCUCACUGUGAGGCCGAUCGGUACCCCCGGGACGACUGGUGGGCGAUAUCCGCCGCGCGAGGGUGAUAUACCGAUAGGAUUCCGAUUGGAAUAUGAUCUGGGAGAGGAGCAUGGUCGGUUGAAUGUUAAUGUCUCGAUGAGAACGGUGGUUGCGGGGGAUAGAGAAAAUUAUAUGAGAUGGACAGGAGAUAUGGUUGGGGAGCUGAUUGGGUCUGAGAGACGGACACAUGAGGCGGGUAGUGAUCCAAAAGGGGGUGAAACACAGUCAUCUUCUCCUGUUGGUGUUGCGGUUUUGGAGCAAUUCGUUUUACUGGAAUAG